GACUUUCGAUAUCAUCAUACAGUGAAUUGGAAAACUUUUAGACGCGUUAAUGUACAUCUGUGAUUGCAUGCUCUAAGUUUUGUUGGUGUGAAAAAAUUUAAUUUGUUUAAAGUGUCAAAUUACGCAUACGUUGGGACUAAUCGCAAAGAUUUGUAUGCAUAAAGUAGGAUAUGGAUCAGGUUGCCCACGUAGAAGCGUGCCGCCUUUGUGCAAAUUUCUAUGUGACCGGCGCUGAUGUAGAAUUUAUCCAUCUCUUUGAGCCGCUAACAGGACUUGAGGAUCAAUUAGAUUUUGUGCAUAAGCAAUCGGUGGCAUGGCAAUUACAUAUAUCGGCCGACGACAGUUUGCCGCAACGUAUUUGUGCCAAUUGCUUUGCACAAUUCUGCAACAUACAGACAUUCCGUCAGCAAUGCUUAUUAGCAGAACAAAAAUUGUUGGAAUCAUUUGUGGGCGUUAGUUUGGCUGAAAAUGGUCCAACUGCUAAAGGCAGCAAACAGACGGGGCCGAUGUCGCAAGUGGCGAACGGCACCGCUGGGUUGUCGAAUGACAAUGAGCUAUUGAACGGGUUAAAAAUCGCUGCACCAGUCUCAAGCGCUGAUCUGAUGGCAACCUUGGAUGGCCUACAACCACCGACAACCAGCGCCGAUGUCAUAGCCAGUUUGGACGGUCUGCAACUGCCCGCCAGUGUAGCAGAAACCCUCUCCAUACUCACGCAAGAGUUGACCACAAUGCAAAAUGGCACUUUGCUGGAUACCAGCGCCAACUCGAUCACGACACAUGCUACCAUGGACACCAAGACGGAGGAGACGAAUGUGUUGCAAUUGCCAGCGGCUUCAACAACGCAAAAUAUUUACUAUGCGCAGCAUACCCCUAUUACAACAGUAGCGGCAGGAACAAAUAAAACAGCAACUAUGAUGACAAACGCACACGCAAAAAGUGUUGGAACAGCGAAGGGUGAGAAGGCGGAUAUUGAUUUAGAAGAUAUGUUGCAAGGCAGCAUAAUACCGAAACAUUCGAGAUCAAAUAAUUUGCAACAAGAAAUGUAUGAAGAGGUGAAGGAAGAACAGCAUUUCAGCAGGGAAGAAACUCAACAAAGUUUUUCCUCGUUCGAAGGCAUGGUAGAUGAGGAUAUGGACUGUAUUUCAUGCUCUGAUCAGGACGAAUAUAAUGAAAUGGAAGACUUCGAACCUGAUGCGGAUGCAGUAUCACCAACACGUGUCUCGCGCAAUUCAUUUACCUGUCAAUACUGUUAUUGCCCGAAUUCCGGUUCUAUCGAUCAUUUAGUAUUUGACAGUUCCGACGCGUUAUCGCAGCAUUUCUUUGACGUGCAUGAUCCAAAUUUGCCCUACACUUGUCCGUACUGCCCACAGAAAUAUUGUUCCGCCAGGCAACGCGACUAUCACGUUCGCCUUAUGCAUCCGACUGCAUCGAAGGCAGACCAAUGCGAAUAUUGCAAAAGGAUAUUGCGCAGUCCAAAGGAGUUACAUGAGUUGAGCUGUCAAUAUGUAGGCGAUUGGCGUUGUGACAUAUGUGACCAAUGCUUCUACCACGUGCCACUGAGUCGCCUCCGCACACAUCAGCGCCGUCAUACCACCAAAAACCAGCUAAAAUGCCGUGUAUGCGGACGCGUUUUUAUACGACGCGCCAAUCUAGAGGCACAUGAGCGUAUGCAUCGGCCACGGGACAGCUUCACAAUACACUGUGAUCAAUGCCAAGAAGGUUUUUUAUUUUCAAACGAUUACGAGCUACGUCGUCAUAAGUAUCAGACACACAAUGGCGCUUUGCCAGUACGUUGCGAAUACUGUCACAAAGGCUUUGUUAGCAUGGCCUUCCUCAGUCGGCAUACACAACACUUCCAUCCGGAUAAGAUAGACGGUAAUCAUCUUGGUGCCGCCACUACUUGCACUAAUUGCGGUUGUGCGUUCACUUCACUGCAUAAGCUGCGCAUGCACGUACAACGGCCGCGUGACGAAAAUGGACGUUGCAUUGAAAUUAUGCGUGAAGCCGUGUCAAACCAAGAUCGAACACGUCAAUUGCGCCGGCCAAGACUGCAUGCUUGUGCGCAUUGUAAUAAACGCUUUACAACGCGUGCGGCUCUCGAAAGGCAUACGAGUACGCAUGAGACGACCUCGUACAGCUGCAGUGCAUGUUCUACACGCUUUGAGAAUGCCAACGAACUGAAGCGGCACAUUAUGCAGAUGCACGCCAAACCACGCUACCUAAAGUGUGAUAUGUGUGAGAAACGUUUCUGCUAUAUGCGCGAACUGCAACAGCAUCAGAAAGUGCACGCUGAGGCACCAGAAAACAACCUUUCCUGUCCCGUACUCAAUUGCGGUUUCAAAUCAUCAAGCACGAAAGAAGCUCACGAUCAUGCAUUUGUCAAGCAUAAACUGAUCGCUUGUGAGUUUUGCGACUGUCUCUUCACACGCAAUCGUCUGACAACUCAUCUACAUACUGUGCAUGCCGCAGAAGUAGCAACGGAAGAACCGAACAAUAACAAUAACAACAACAGCACAAGUCAAACUAACGCGCUAGAUUCACAAACGGAAGAUUCUUUGGCGGUGGCGAGCAUACUCGACGCUGAUGCCCAAAUGAAUAACAAUGACAUAAUGGUCUCAUUCGAAGAUAGCGCCAUAAAUGGUGGCGAGAAGGUGCGCGUGGAGCUGGUGCAGCAGCACACGCCCAGUGUUGGUAAUUUGGUGUUGCAAGAGCAAACGUCUAACACCUUUAAACCACUCAUUCCAACGGCCGAUGAAAUGGAUCAGAAUUUCCUGAUGAACGCUUUGCUCGAUCCGGAUCAUGAAAUCAUAGUCACAUGAUAGACUGGUGACGUACAUAGUUUAAUUUUUUGACUAGCAUAACAUUUUUAUGUUCAUACUGCUGUUCUAUUAAUUCCAUGUGCUGCAUAUUUUUUUCAAAAUUGUAUUUCUAGCGAAUUUGCGUGAAAAAUGUGACCUUAAAGUGAAAAUCGCAAUGGCAAUUUUUAGAUUUCUAAAAUAUAUUUUUUUUACAAACUAUUUUUUACCGCCACAAAAACAAGCAUUGAAUUUUAAAAUUCUUAUUGAAUUGGAUUGAACUAUAGAUUUAAAUAAAAUAAAAAUUUAUUAUUUUUAGUGUUGGAACUGAAACUAGAAACAAGCGCGUUGAGGAAAUAAAACUGUUUACUAUUUCCGAAAAAAGUGUUGAAACAAAAAUUUGAUAAACGACAAGUGGCAGAAAGAGGGACAAUUGUGCGUAACUUUUUUUCUCAACGUCCGCUUUAAAUAGGCUGCUCAUUAAUCAUCACAUCACAUUUGGUGCCAACUAAGAGAACUGAUUUUUCGCUCUCGAAGCUUAAAGAUGUGAAAAAAAUGAAUGUUUGAAAAUGAAAAAAAAACUAGUUGUGGGUUGCAAAAAAUUAUUUCAAAAACUAAGCAAAUGAUUUAUUUGUUGCAUAAAAACGAAUAUAUGUAGAGGAAUGUGAAGAAUAUAUAGCGAAUUUUUAGUAAAACUUGAAAAUAACAGAUUCCAAAUUUUUAGUCAUGCUUUAAGUUGUGUCGUGCGGCACGUUAACAAUGGGAACGUACAUAUAAAUCACAAGUGUUUCUAUGUUGAAACUGGCAUUUCGUGCGCCUACUUUACCUUGCGAUGGUGUAUAAAUAUUUAUUGGAAGAAAUGCAGAAACUAGCAAAAAAGCCACUAAAUUUGCUGUAAACAUAUAGAUUUAAGGUUUUUCAACAUUCGCUAAUUUUCUUUCCAAUCAAGGGAAAUCCUUAAGUAUGUUAGAGUUGCAAGAAGAAUAAAUAUUUUUCAUAAAUUAUUAAAUAUUUCGCUCCCAGUUUUAAUGUACAUAUGUAUGCGAAAACUAAGUUCGAGCGUGCACCAUUCGCGCAUAUGCACUUAAUGUUGGCUACUUUGAUUAUAUCAGGUCUGCAAAAGUGUAUCCCGUGCCGAAGUUAAAUUCAUAUAAAAUGAGGAAAAUUGAAAAUAUUAAUUUUAACAGUUACAAAUUGCGAAUUACGUGCUUUACGCAGUUCAAAAUUUAUGUUCGAAAUUUCGAACAUUUUUCGAAAAUCAAAUAAAAAACAAAUUCAAUAAAUAAUCAAACUGGAACCAACUUUUAAAAUUCUAACUUAAAAUUUCAGCACGCUCGAAAUUUCGCAAAUUUUUGUAAAUUCAAAUAAAUAACAAAUUUGAAAAAUAAUCAAACUGGAAACAACUCUUUGAAACUACUUCAAAAAUUCGAACAAUUCUUUUAAAGCACUUCGAAAAUUCGAACUUAAAAUUCCAGCGUGUUCGAAAUUUCGCACAUUUUUCUAAAACCAAAUAAAAAACAAAUUAAAAAAAUAAUCAAGCUGAAAAAACUCUUCGCAACUACUUCGAAAAUUCGAACUUAUAAUUUUUCAAUGUUCGUUUUUUCGCUUAUUUUCUAAAAUCAAAUAAAAAACAAAUUAAAAAAAUAAUCACACUGGAAAAAAAUCUUCGAAACUACUUCGAAAAUUCGAACUUAUAAUAUUUGUAUGUUCGAAAUUUUGCGCAUUUUUCGAAAAUCCAUUAAAAAGCAAUUAAAAAAAUAAUCCAAGUUGGAAAAACUCUUCGCAAGUACUUCGAAAAAUCGAACUUUUGCAACGCAUAUCAAAUUUCUAUUGUACAAAAAAUUUCAUUUUCCAAUUGUUGCCAUAAUUACAGUUCACUGUAAUGCAUUUUCGGACUACUUAUGUUUCUAUAAAUGAAUAAUAAUAUAGUUUUAUAAAAAUACAAAAAUGUAUGUGUGUAUGUCAAAUUAAGUUAAGUCUAUAUUUUUUUAGUGCGCCUCAUACAUACAUAUAUAUGUAGCUGUUAGUUUGAAGGCAGUUGAGCGAACACAGUUGACAAGAGCAAAAGUUCUCUUUAAAACCGAUUUUGUUGCUAUGCUUAUACAAAUCUUACUAGUAUGCAUCUCUAUCUAUUUUUUAAUUUUUUUUUUUUACUAUUUACUGUUUAUUCGCACAUUAGUUCCCUUCAAAAUAUGAAUUUUUAAAAAUUUAGCUCCAAAAAUGGGCUGCACUCUUAGCUACAAUUUAUCACAAAUUACUUAUUUUUGUAGUUGCUGGCAUUUUGGAUAAUACAAAAGCCUAAAAGUAAUAUGGCCGAACCAUCCAAAAAUUCGGCGCUGUUUGGUUACAAUUUUUUUUAGAAAAAGCUAGUAGAAAUAAGCAAAAUUAAGCAAAUAAAAAAUGUGCUCUAAGAAUACUGUAAAACAAUUACACUUUAGUUUAAAAAUGUUCUAGAAAUCAUAUAAUUAAAAAAUAAUGUAAAAUCGUCUUCUAUUUUUCUAUGAAUUUUGUAAUUGUAACUUGUAAUAUCGCGCUUUCUCGGUUAAUUCCAAUUUGAUUCCAGGGCGGAAAAGUUGCAUAAAUAUAAGAAAAAAUUUAAUAACAAAUAUUAAUUUAUCAACAACAUAAGCCGAAAAAAAUGUUCUACGUAAAUAUACAAGUAAACUGGAAUUAUCUGUAGCUUAGAAAGUGAACUGUGUAAUUAUAAUAAAAUUAUUUCAAUAAUUCCUACGUAAAUAAAAUACUUGCGUACAAUUCUA